AUGGCGGACGAGCGUGACGGAACGGAGCAUAGAGUGCUGAGAGUAAAUCAGGUAAAGCUGGACAAAUCAUCGCUACAGUCCUGCUUCUUAUCGGCAUUUAACUGAUAUAGCGAUUUCCUUACUAUUUAUAGCUGGAUGCUGCCCAGCUUGAUGAGGAAAUUAUCCAUCUUCUUCGAAAUCAGCUGAACAAGGCGUUUCAUUACUUCGAGGUAAACAAAGUUUGCCGAUUUUAUAAAACUUACUUUUUUCUGAAGGGAAAUUGAAGCUGAGGAAAAGAAAUACAUCUAACAAGCUCCUAUUAUAUCUUCAUUAGUCCUUCGUGGCUGUUUUUCUGUACUUUAAUUCAACAGCACUUCAAAUCAACUCUGUUAAGAAAGAGAAAUAGUCAUUAAGGCUUUAAUUUUGCUCAUCAGAAUUUGCAAGUUUAGCGUGUGGGCUGGCAUUAAUUUUCCAAGAGACAUCCUCCUUCCAGAAACACACUGAGCGUCAUAUACAAUUCAAAUACGGAUAGACCUAGAUACAAUUAAAAAAUUCCCGAAAAAUCUACCCGGAAAUUCUUCAAAAAGAUGUCCACAAAUCUCGUUUUUCUCUUAAAAAACUCAAAAUUUUCCUUAAAAUCCAGAUUUUUUUAAAAAUCAUUUGCCAAAUAAUCACAUUAUUUGUAAGAUUCCUGUGAUGUAAUUGCAUGGAAGCACCUUUAAACUGAUUCAGAAUGAUCAUUUAUUUACUAGGUGAUGUAAGUGGUUCUUCUGCACAUACAUAUUUUAUUUUUAGAACAAACAAUAAUGACAUUAAAAAUUUUCCGAGUGUUACAUUUAAUACGGUACAACAGAGGCCAAAAACACAACUAUUACUGUUAUUAAAAACACACCUGCAAAAUACCAUUUGAAGCUGUAAAUUACCCAGGGCUGGAGUCUAAUUUUGGCUGUCAGCUGUAUUUUUCUGAACAUUAUUGACUAAAAAUCCUUAAAUUUACUACAAAACCUGUAUGACUCUAAAAGUCCUGAAAAACGAAAAAAAAAAGGGAAUUUUGUAUGUAACCCUAAUUUUGGAUGUGUGAAAGCAAGCAAGCUCCAAGAUCCAGAGCAAACCCUUUAGCCCUCAAAAGUGACUAACAUCUAAUUUCUCCUAACAUUAUCACCCCUGAAUCAAACAUAAAAGUUAUGAGAAUAAAGGAAAUGAUUGUGAACCCAAGAUGCCCUUGAUCAUAAGUAUAACAAAUUCUCCUUGUUAGCAUCUUAAGAAAUGCAUAGAGAACAGUGUGAAGAAUUUGCAUAAGAUUUUAUGGCGGAGAGGGUUAAUAUUAUGUACUGCAUUCUGCAUCUUGUACAACUAUUUCAUGAGUUAAGCAUCAUGUUAAGAAAUGUAAGAUUUUUUCUCUGUCCUAGGCUGGUGUUCUCACAAAAUAUGAAGCUGAACUGAAUGCAGUACUAAGAUUUCUUGUGUGGAGGGUGAGUCUAUUUAUAAUCUCCUUCAAUCCAUUUAGUUUCAACCUAACAGAGAAAUUUACAAGUGAUAAUUAACUCUUAUACCCUUAAGCGUGACUAGCUUCUAAUUUCUCCCUAAAAUAUUAUCCCAGGGCAUGAAAUGAACUUUUUUUUCUGAUAGCCACUUGGCUCCUAAAUUCUUCAAAGUGGUAGCCAAUUAAAAAAAAGUUGGUCGCCAUUUUCAAAGACAAACAAAAUCUUUCUUUACGCCGUCAGUGUUCUAGAUAGACCCUCCAAAAUUAAGUUAGUCAAAAUUAAUGUGCUACAAAGUGGACACUAGGAUGGAUGAUAAACAACGUUCAGGCUCAUCUAAAUCCAAGAUGGUGUCUAGUUAUCGAUCGAGAUGCAUGUGCUACGUUUUGGAAACAAACUUAACGAGGAAGUUUGCCGUGGAUUUAUCUUUGCAAAUCUUUUUAAUUCACUAUAUCUCUUGGUAAGGUUAUGAUGAAACGUUCUAGUCGCCAAUUUGGCGACUAACUUUCAGGAUUUGGUUGCCAAAGUGAAAAAUUUAGUCGCAUUGGCGCCUGUAUUAAGCGCAAUUUCACGGCCUGUUUCCCUGAAUUCAAUAUGAAGGUUGAUGAGAAUGGAGGAAAUGAUCACCAACUAAAGCAGCUCUUUGUUUUCAAAAAAAUCUCCCUGUUAGCCCCUUGGGAAAUGUAUAAAGAACAGUAGAGAGAAUAUGUAAACUGAUGUUAGGGUGUAGAGAGUUAAAGCUUGGUUUCAAAGAGUAUGCAUUUCUUACUGUUACUUUAUAUGGUUCAGUUUUCAGUGUACAGCAGUAAUUCAACCAUCGGUCAACGCAUGCUCAACAUGAAGUACACUUCAGCAGGUAAGUAAGUAAAAUAGUAGCUUCUGUCACUUUGCUAGUUUAUUAACUGUUUCACUCUCAAAUCUCAUAAGAAAUUCUCCUUACUGUCUGCCACAUAAUUCCUAUGAUGUUAGGAGGGGUAUUUGGUAUUGAAUCAGCUUAUAUUGUCCUGACUGACAUUUUGUAUUUUUCUUAUCACUAGUCUGCUUGAUAUUGUAUUGAUAUUGUAAGGAGAAGUUCUGUCUUGGUCACUCAUGGGAGUUAAAGGGUUAAUCACCUCAGGGUGGUGGGGGUCCUAGGAUACCAUUGAUCUAUCACCUAGUAUGACAAAGUGGUAAUUUAUGAUUAUAAAACAUCUUGACAUGCUCCUAGAUUCUGUUAAGAUGGUUGCUAAGGAUUUUCCUCCUUCUCCAUUUAAUACUGCUUAUCUAUACCAUCAAUUUUUACUCUUUUCAACUUGUAGACUCUGAUGAUUUUAAAAUGUGGUAAAAACAAACAAAAAAAGGAACAGAAGGCACAGCUGGGUGUGUUCUUAUGUUCCUCUAUGAUCUAUUACGAUGCAUUACUGCCCAACCCCAUAGCAACAUGGCUGAAUGUAUUAUUUGUUUAACAUGAUAAAAAAGCAAAAUGUUGUGAAUGGUGAUGUCAUUUAUGCAUCUGUCCUCCAGUAGAUCAUUAAUAAAAACCAAUCAAAAUGCACAAAUAAUUCAGCUUAUAAGGUAAAAAUGCAUGUCACAUCAUGAGAGACCAAUUAUCAGUAAUUACCUUUCAAUUUAGAGAGGAUGUAGGAAAAGAAAAACCUUUGUUGAAUCUCACACUUAAUGACAACCACAGGACUAGCACUGGAAUACAGUAAAUUAAAAACUUCUUCUUUGUGUACCAUUGCUGUCAGUAAUAAUUUCAAUUUGUCUAGUUCUUUGGUGUAUUAAUGAUGUGGACAGAGUACCAUAAGAGGCAUUUUAAGGUUUUUUCUUUAUUUAAAUGGCAUAUCUCAACAGGGAGCACUGUGAGUCUAUUACAAAAGCUUUUGUUUGGUUUUUGCAUUGUUGGAAUACCCUAUAUAAGAGAAAGAAGCAUUGACAUAAAAGGAAUUACAGACAGAAUUUUGGACUUAAACUCUGUGAGUACUUGUUGGUUUGUAUCUUGUAAUAUAGCAGUACCGAAGUAACAUUGGCCUGCAUUGAGAUGGUGUGGGCUUCUACAAUGCAUGGUACCUUACAUUGACAGAGAGUGGGGUGGGAGGGAUUUGCACAGAGUAAAGCCGUAAUUGAUGCAGCAUCAAUUUCUCCCUUAAGAAAACACUAGUGAAUUAGGAGGGAGAAUCUAGUUGUCUAACUGAAUUUAUUUAAGACCUUCCUUUUAGUUCUGUCAUCUUUUCAGUUGGUUUUAAAACAUGAUUGUGUAUAAAAAAAGAAGUUCUCACAUGGACUGAUGUCUUGUCAUGCUGAUCUAUACUCACCAUUAGUAUCAGUAAGGAGGGGGGUUAGUAGAUGCUUCAAGCGUUAAUCACAGACCAUUAAGUUAACCCUUCAACUUUCAGGGGUGAUUAACAUGGAACUUUUCCCCAUAAUAUCCAUACAUUAUCCAGCGUAUGAGUGAUGAGAAUACUCAAAUUUAUCAGGUAGAAGUUGAAAUCUUGAUCUAACACCAAAUUCUCCUAACUAAUUUAUAAGGGAAUGUGCACCAGCAAGAGGGGAGAAUUAACAAUCAGAUCAUAGGAGUUAAAGGGUUAAGUCAUUAUUAUGUACAGGAGAGGUAUGAUUUGUAUCUUCCUCUUAACGGUUUGAAAUGUCUUUUUAUCCUGUAGAUUUGGAGAUAUGUUAAUGUUGGUGAAAAACUGUUUCAGUUUGCUUCUGUCCUUAACUUCCUCAUUUUUUUACAAAAGGGAAAGUAUCCUUUAAAAAAAAUUCAUUCAAAAGUAAAAUUGUUAGCAUAAGUCUUGAACCAGACAAAUUUACUUUCCCUUGCUGGAGAACUUACCUUUAAUUGUCCUGCCAUCUCCAGAUGUGUUUUAUCAAUGAAUACAGCUGGUCAAACUGUAAGGAGGCUCAGAUGGAUGAGGGAGGAGGACAACCCUCCUUUUAUGUGCAAAAACUACCCCUUGCUGUUGUUGUCUUUUUGUUGUCAUGUGCAAGAUCCCAAAUCGUAACAGUACUUUUUUGUUUGCUGCAAUUUUUUUAAUAAGAUUCUCUGUUAAUCCUGUUUAUGGCUUUCUUAACUGUGCCAAGAUAUCCUUCCCUUCUUGAACGUGUUCUUGGAAUUCAUCCUGUAUUUGCCCAGCGACAAUCAAUUCGACAAGUCAGCUUUGAUUUCAUGACUCGUGAAUUACUCUGGCAUGGAUUUGCAGUGAGUAUUACUAUAUAGCACUUACUGGAGGUGAUUAUGGUCUUGCUUAAACUUUAAUUGCUAUAAUAUCAAACAUUUUGAUCAUUUUUCUUCAGGAAUUUGUGUUUUUCCUUCUUCCACUUAUCAACAUCCACAAACUAAAGAACUUGCUGGUUAGACGGUUUUCAAGUCCAGCUUCUCUUGACAAGCAGCCAUCAAUCAAAGUAGCAUGUCACGAGUGUGGAAUUUGUAAUGAACCUCCUACUGCACCUCAUCAAGGUCUGUGUGGUCACGUGUUCUGUUAUUACUGCAUCAAGGUAAGUGUUGAACAGACCAGUGGCUCAAGUAAUGUUUUGAAGGGAAGGGGGGUGGGUGUUAAUUCAGCGUUAGAGCGCUAACGUGCAAAGUGCAACCAUUAUUGGUGUGCUAGGGUUAUUAUUAGAAAUGUAAAAGGUGUAUGAUCUAUCUGAACUAAAUGGGUGGCUGAAGUGAAGUAUGCUUGAGCAGCAAUCAUAGCGUUUUGUAAAGCAACACAUCCUUCGAGGAGGAGAGUGUGGGAGUAUGCUCCCCGGAAGAAAAGUUGGAAAUUGGAAACUCUCUGAGACGUGACUUCUAGUACUCGAGGACAUAAUUGAAGAUCUUUCUUCAGCUGGACGUACUUAUUUUAUGUCUUUUAUAGAAAUUCGCAAAAAAGUAGUCGAUGCAAAAUGGUCUGCCACCCAGCAGGUUUCCGCCGCCUAGCGGCUCCUAAUGUCGACCAUGUUCCUCUACUUUCGUUUUUGUACGUUACGGGGAAGGCUUUCACGGUCAUGAUGAUUCUGUUCACCUUAGACAAGAUAUCGAAUGACAAAGUAAAAGGGGAAAGAAGGGUAAACAGAAGCGUUCCAUUCAAGGAGAGCAGCCAACCACAUUCUCUUCGACUCUGGUUCUACCGAACAUGCGAACUUAGCACCAUUUUGCGUGUCCUUGACUCGCUCCUGUCUCGUGUUAAUUGUUAUUGGAACAGACUUUUUGUUUCUUUUCAGGCCAACAGUUUAGCUGACUUGUCGUUUCCAUGCCCACUCUGUGGUUCACCAAUGGGUGAUGAUAUUAUCCCUGUCGAAUGUACAGUCGCUUUGGAAGUAACGUGAUUAAUAAAUAUUCAAAAGCCGGUCGUAUCCAAAUCACAGGACCUCGACUUCCUGGAGGAACAGAAGAGUUCUUCAGCCCGAUGCAUAUUUUGAGCGUGUAAAUACGGUAAAAUUUCCGCACAGCCCCAUAAUACAUUAUGCAUUCAGUUCGUGGAUAGAGAAAACAAUGACAAAAAAAUACAUUGCCAUUGGGAAAACAGAUUUGUUUUACAAUAGUAUGGGGCUGUGCGGAAAUUUUACCGUAAAUACCUCAUGUAGUGGAAAAGUUUGCAAGAAGCACGGCAAAAAAACUAGCGUUUACCGUAUGGAGAACUAAAGUUGAAUUCACGGAAAACGCGGCAUUUUUCUAACAUUUACCAGUGUUUUGUACAGCAACUGAACUUCAAUGAGAAAUUGAUGGCCUUUGCGAUACACUGAAAACUUAAGAGGACGGGAUUACUGUAAGAUACCAAUCGACCGAAAGACUCAAAAUGCGAAAUAAUAGCGUAUUAAUGUAAUUCAUUUUAUGGCUGGCAGCUCUCGUGGGCAAGAUGAGGCGAAUCCUGUGUUCUGAUUGGCUACCCAAGCCCAUCCGGAUUGUCCGCUUUGAUC